CGAUUGGCCGCGGGCGGUAGGGGCUAUAAAAGGCGGCGGGCGAGACGGGGUGGGACAGUUUGAGCGGGCAGCGGAGGCGAGCGGGCGGCAGCCAUGGAGCUGUUGUUGAAGGUGGGGGUCCUGGUACUGAUCGUCAUGGUCGGCCCGGGGGAGGCGGAUGAGAUGCCGAAGGUGGAGGUGUACUCCCGCAAACGGGCCGUCUAUGGAGAGGAAAACACCCUUAACUGCUUCGUGAGCGGUUUCCACCCUCCGAAGAUCGACAUCACCCUCCUCAAGAACGGGGAGCCUAUGGCCGACGUGAAGUAUGCAGACAUGUCCUUCAACGACAAGUGGCAGUUUGAGCGCCUGGUGCACGUGCCAUUUGUCCCCAAUAAGGGCGAUGUCUACGUUUGCAGAGUGGCCCAUUCCACCUUCAAGGAGCCACAGAUGUUCCGAUGGGAUGAAGAUUUCUGAGCAGCUUCUUGGAUAAUCAUGGUCUAAAGAAUUCUGCCUUGCAAGUAAAAAUUGUCUUCAGCUUCUGUCCUUUCUCACAUCUUGCUUCUGGAUAUAAUGACGAGGAACAAUCAUCUUCAUUGCAGAAUUUAUUCUUUAUUAAAAAAUGUUAUGGUUUGACUUUACCUUGAGGAGUUCAAUUUACAUGCAAAAUGCAAGCAGUAGCUUUGGUGUUGUUUUUUUCUGAACACAUAGCUAUAAAUGCCUACUCAAUAAAAAAAUAAUUGUA